UACGUGACAACCAGUUGACAUUGAUUAUGAAAUGUGUUGGAUUAUUGCUCCUAUCGGUUGCACUCUUGGUGGAUGGUUUUGGUAGCUCUGAAUUCAUCGAAGAUUCACAGUACCAUCGUAUGCCAAAGAUGUCCGAAAUUGACGACUAUGAUCAAUGCAUGGAAGACAAACCCCGAGGAGAGAUCAGCACCUUUUGUAUGGUACGAGUUGUCAUCCGUCCGGACAACAGCUCCGACCUUUGGCAUCUGAUUGAGGAUGUUUCAAAAGAUUACAAAAUACACGAGAACCACGCACUUUUGGAGCGUGGUAUUUGUAUGAGUAAAUGUGAAAGGUUAGUUCGAAGCUUGCCCGAAGCCGAAAGGCAAGCACAGAGGGUACAAAAGUUCCCAAUCAAUUUUGAUUAUAUUCUCGACGUUCCUCUGCUCAAGGAUUUGCCAGUGUACAAAGAGUUGUACUCGGACAUGGUGGACAUCUGUGUUAACUACAACUUAAAUGCAAACUACGGUUUAAAGGGGUAUACUGAAGUUGAAUCUUGUGACAAAAGUAACGAAACUAUGCAAAUCGACUUACUGGACCAAUUUUGCCUGGUUGUAAUUAUGAUUCUGUUGAUGAUGGUGAUAACAUCCAGUUACUACGAUAAAUCCCUCAACUACAGUCAUGACGUUGAACACUACAAAAAGGAUUUGGAUAGCCGAAGAAACAAAUUACUCGCCUCAUUCUCCAUACUAAGGAAUUGGCAUCGACUGACGUAUCGUUCACAAUCGGAAAGAAGCAGGGAGCUUCGAGUUAUUCAAGGCUUCCGAUUUCUUACAUUGUUUGGAGUCAUGUGGGGUCAUAUUUAUGCCUCCUACUUUUAUAUCGCUAUUCAGAAUGGACUCGAAGUUGAAAAGCAAAGUCACGAACUUUUGGAAAUGCUGGAAUUUGAAGGAACCAGAAUCGUGCAGACGUUCUUCCUUUUUGGAGCAUUCAUGUUGUCGGUUACGAUAAUGGAAAAUGAAGCCAAAAUAGCCAAAGCUCCCGGAUUAUUGGUUCUGUUGAAGGGUAUCUGUUAUCGCUACAUCCGAUUGACGCCUGCUCACGCUCUCAUGAUUUUGAUCACUGCCACUUGGUACCCAAAGCUUCAGGAUGGACCCUGGUGGAAAGUGAGAGCAGAGAAUGACCGGUCUCUCUGUCGGGAGACUUGGUGGGUCAAUCUGCUGUACAUUAACAAUUUUCCUGUUAGGCUGUGCAUGGAUCAGACAUGGUAUUUGGGCUGCGAUUUCCAGCUUUUUAUUUUAGGAAUGUUGCUGUUGCUAGCUAUCAUCAGAUUCAGAAGGUAUACCAAAUCUCUUCUUGCAAUGGCAAUGACAGCGGCUGUUAUCUGGCCGGCAGUUGUCGUUUACAACAGCAAACAGGAAGGAACUUAUAUAGAUGCAGUUCAAUAUCGAAGAUUUUUCUACGCAUUUGAUAAGAGCUUCACAGUCACAGCCGCAUCUGUUCCAAUCAAUCUUGGCAACUAUCUAAUCGGGAUGAUUACGGGGAUGCUAUACCUACAUCUUCGAAGGAAAAACUUUGAUCUUAGCCAGAAAAAGUGGUCUUUCGUCGCUUGGUUCCUGUUGGUUCCCAUCUGCAUUGGUACACUUCUCCUCAACGCGGUGUUCUACUGGAACGAUUUCCCAAAACCAUCCCUCUGGAUGUCGAUUUAUUUUCCACUGUCAAUGUGUUCCUGGGGCAUUUUGAACGGCAUUGGUCUGCUGGGUCUCAUCUUUGGGGCAGUGCCAAUGUUGACUAGAGUUCUGAACCAUCCCAUCUUUGAGUCACUGGGACGACUAACUUACUCAGCCUAUCUGUGCCAUUUGGCUGUACUGCGAUUGAUACUUCAUAGUACGCGGACGCCGUUCCAUGUUAACGUUACAACAAUGCUAACCCAUACAAUUACCAUAGCUGUGCUAUCCUAUUCGAUGGCGCUGGUUCUAUUCCUUCUGUUGGAGCAACCAGUCGUUGCCAUCCUCUAUGUGAUGUUUGAGAAAACCGAUGAAUCAAACGAGUCAAAGGACACAAACACACUGGAUCACAAGUGUCCAGACAAGACUACCGGUUACGAAACGAUGUACAUAAAGGCAUCUCAGUCGAAGGACUUCAACCAAAAUGUAAAUCUGUUAUAACCGCUUACAAAUGAUGGCGCCUCUAGGAUUAUUUUAGAUUUAUAUAAGAAUCUGUUUUCGUCAUACGAAUAGGAUUUGGUUGUGAUACCUGUAGAUUAUAGUAAGAGAUGCUUUAAUAUAAUAUUACUGACAUCAGAA